UUAAGCCAAAAAAAAUAGACAAGCACAAUGUGAAUUUAUUCAUCACAUGUAUUUGAUAUGAGUCAGUGAGACUUCUCAUCCGAACAUAAGAGGAACAACUGGAAGCCUGGUGAUUCUGCUUUACACUGCUGGAUUCUGUGUUUCAAUGUUUUUAGGUGCAAUGGUUCCCUGGAACACUGUAAUGCUGAUUAACAUAGCAACCCCUGUACUUUCUGUCAUUAUUCUACUCUUUAUGAAGGAAUCUCCAAGCUGGUUGCUCACCCAAGGUAGAAAAGACGAUGCUCUAACUGCUUUAAUGUUCUACAGGGAAGAUAAAGAAGAUGCUAGUUUGGAGUUAGAGAGAAUUUUGAAGAAUAUUAAAGCUCUGGAAAAAGAAAGGGAAGCUACAGGUUCCUCUAUUUUAUCCCAGCUGACGAGUAAGAUGAGAAGGAUGAGAGAAGCAACAUUUUGGAAACCAUUUCUUAUACUCAACAUGAUGCUAAAUAUUGGAUUGGAGUGGGCUGGGUUUCCCGCACUUGCCUUCUAUAUGCACACAAUCCUUGAAGAGACAAGUAUCCCAGUAGAUGAAUACUGGGCUGCAGGAUUUAUCAGUUUAUACAGGGCCCUGGUGACUCUGAGUCUUUCUUUUAUCCUGGUGAAGGUUCCCCGUAGGGUGAUGUACUUAUCCUCUGGUAUCCUGGUGGCAACUGCUCUCUUUAUACAAGGAGCAUAUGCUCUUCUUGGGUCGUAUGUUCCUGAAGAAUAUAUCUAUAUAUCUAGUUGGAUUCCACUGUUUAGUAUACUACUAGGAUAUACAGGGUUUGGACUUGGAUACGGACCUAUAACAUUUAUACUUCAAGGUGAAAUUCUUCCCUCUGAUAUGCGUAGUUUUGGUAGCGGAUUGUUGGGAGUUCUAGACAAUGUAUUCUUGUUUGCUGCAGUCAAAAUGGUGCCAAUACUGCUGUACAGUUUUGGGACUGGAGGAACAUUUUUCUUGUACGGGUGUGUUUGUCUGGGCAACCUAACCAUCUGCUUCUUCUGUAUGCCUGAAACUAAGGGUUUGAGCUUAGAAGACAUUGAGGAUUAUUAUAGAGGAGUUGUACCAGAGAAAAAAACUAAAAAGAACUCAGUCUAAACUAUUUACAUUUUCUUAUUUUUCUUCAAAAUUACUAACUCUUAAUUAUUCACAUUAAGAUGUUCUUGCAGUAAUUGCUAGACUAACUAAUUGUUUUUCUUUAAUUUUCAUUUUCUAUUUUUUUACCACAGUUAACAUUUCUUAUUAUUUGAAAUACAUAUUUAAU